CCCUGCUCCCGUGUGUUCUCGUUGCCACCUGCAGCACUGGACCCUGCUGAGCGUGUCCCUGUUGAACUGCCUGCUGUCCACAGCAUGCAGCGUGGGCCUGGCACUGGCCAUCGCCCUCACCAUCCACAGCCGGGGCAUGCGCCUUGUCACGGGCUGCAACAGCUCUGCGCUGCCCGCUGACGCCCGUGCGGCCAUAGUGACCAACGACUGUCCUUUCAACACCACACGCAUCUACGAUACAGCCCUGGCGCUCUGGUUCCCCUCCGUGGUGCUGGUGGCCGCAGAAGCUGUGCUGUCUGGCAGGUGCUGUUUAGCAGCCCUGAUUUUCCGGGGCAUUGGGCCCUGUGCACGCAGCUACGGCAAAGAGCAGGUACGCCCCAUCA